AUGAUGAGGACAAGUUUACUGCAGCAUUGCUGAACGUGUACUUGAUAAAAAUAACAAAGAUUGAACCAAAGCAGCACAAGUAUAUGCCUUGGUUCUCAUUACUAUUAUUCAUUUUCUUUUCCUUCAGACACGGUUAAAAGACUUGGUUGGGGAGCAUUUCCUACCCAACCCUGUUGGACCUCACUCUCUUUAACUCUUAGCACAAUUCUGGCACUUUCUGGGGUCUGUUUAUAGCUGUAAAUGCUGUUGAGUUUUACAUGGGGAAGAAGGGUAGUAGCUCGUGGUUAACUGCUGUCAAAAGAGCAUUCAGAUCUCCCACCAAAGACAGUGACAAAAGGAGUAGCAAAAGAAGAGAGGACUAUGAUCAAGAAGAAGAUGAAGAGAAGAGAGAAAAAAGAAGAUGGAUAUUCAGAAAACCUGUGAAUCAUGAAACUGUGAUAACACAACAAACCCCAACAAAGUUGAAGCAUGAUGUGGCUGAAACUACUGAAAGUGGGGCUUCAAGGAAAGACCAAGAUCAAAAGCAUGCGCUUGCUAUGGCGGUUGCCACCGCCGAGGCUGCCAUGGCCACCGCUCAGGCUGCUGUUGAGGUUGCAAGGUUGACCAAACCUGCUAGUCUUGCUAGGGAGCAUUAUGCUGCUACUUUGAUUCAAACUGCUUUCAGAGGAUAUCUGGCUAGAAGAGCACUUCGUGCACUUAAGGGGUUGGUGAAGUUGCAAGCUUUAGUAAGAGGUCAUAAUGUUAGGAAGCAAGCAAAGAUGACACUUCGGUGCAUGCAGGCUUUGGUUAGAGUACAAGCAAGGGUCCUUGACCAGCGGAUAAGGUCUUCUUCACUUGAAGGAAGUAGAAAAUCCACUUUCAGUGACACUACUAGCGUUUGGGAAUCUCGGUAUCUUCAGGACAUUUCAGAUAGGAAAUCAAUAUCAAGAGAGGGAAGCAGCAUUGCAGAUGAUUGGGAUGAACGUCCACACACAGUUGAAGAAGUGAAGGCCAUGUUGAAGCAGAGGAAGGAAGCAGCUAUGAAAAGGGACAAGUCCUUGUCCCAAGCUUUUUCUCAACAGAUUUGGAGGAAUGGUAGGACAUCAUCAAUUGGAAAUGAAGAUGAGCUCGAAGAGAGACCGAAAUGGCUCGAUCGGUGGAUGGCUACGAAGCCAUGGGAGAGUAGGGGAAGAGCUUCAACUGAUCAAAGAGACCCCAUUAAAACUGUUGAAAUUGACACCUCUCAACCUUACUCAUAUCUUGGAACCAAUUAUAGAAGAUCACAUCCAAAUUAUCAGUAUAACCCAAACCACCAACCACAAAGACAUUCCAUUGCUUCGCCACUUCACAGAACACACCAAAAUGGAUCAAUUCACCAAUCCCCUGCAACCCCUUCUCCUGCAAAAUCAAGACCAAUCCAAGUCCGGUCCGCAAGCCCUCGGUGUGUUAGAGAAGAUAGAAGCUACCAGACCUCUCAAACACCAAGCCUGAGGUCUAAUUAUCAUUAUAUAGGAAACUUGUACCAAAAUGGUAGGGUUGGAACAAGUAAUGGUGGUGCUGCAUUGCCUAAUUACAUGGCAGCAACUGAAUCUGCAAAGGCUCGAAUUCGAUCACAGAGUGCGCCGAGGCAGAGGCCAGGCACACCAGAGAGGGACAGGGUUGGAUCAGCAAAGAAAAGGCUCUCUUUCCCUGCUCCUGAUCCUUAUAAUGUAGGAGUGAAUUAUGGAAAUUAUGGACAUAGUUUAAGGAGUCCAAGCUUCAAGAGUGUUGGUGUAUCACAUUUUGGUUUGGAGCAGCAAUCCACUUACUCUUCUUGCUGCACUGAGAGUCUUGGUGGUGAGGUUUCUCCUUCUUCAACUGGUGACCUUAGAAGAUGGUUGAGAUGAUUUGUGUUACAUACAUUGAUGAGAAAAAGAGUUAGAAAGGUUAUCACUAUUGGCUUCUUAUUUUAUUUAGGCUUUUGUGAUGUUAGACUUAUUUUAGUUAUAACCCCUUCACCUCAAAAGAAAGGAAGUUACCCAGGGUGACCUGAAUCUUAUGUAGUAGCAGAAAAGCAAGUACUUUCUUGCUAGGAAGCUGAGAACCAUUGAUGUGUUCGUUGAUCAUUUGUUUUUUAAUACUUUUGUUUAGAUUCCAAGAUAAAAGUGAGCACUAUGUGGUGGCCUACCUCACUUGGGAUGUUGUGUUGAUGUAGAAAGA